CUUUUCCUUGGUGGAUUGUGUAUGUGUGUGUUUGUGUGUGCACGUAAUUUUCAUCUACUCUGGGUACAGAGGGAGGGACAGACAGAAACCUCGGCUGGCGACAGAAACCAAUCAGAGCGACACGAAGCCAUCGAUCGGGAUUUAUUUAUCAGACGGAAACCGCCAUCAGUCUGUCAAACAAUAACCUUCAGAAACCCCAGAGAAACAUUAGGAUGGCUGAUUUUAGUAUUGAUCAGAAAAACCUGCCUGGCGUAAAAGAGGUGUGUCGGGACUUUGCCUUGCUCGAAGACCACUGUCUGGCCCACAACCUUCAGGAACAGGAGAUUGAGAGCCACUUGGCAUCCAACGUGUACAAGAGCCGCCUGGCACAGCAGGACCUGCAAGUGGCCAAACGUCUGCAGCAGGAGGAGGACCUGCGGGCCAAAGCCGAGAGCCAGAGACAACACCGUCGCAUCGAACGCAUUGACAAUGAAAUUGCUCAGGAGAUUCAAGAUCAACUGGUCCGACAGGCUGAACAGCAGCGGCAGCAGGAGGAGAAAGACGAGGCCAUUGCACGAAAGCUGCAUGAGCGAGAGAUGAAGGAGGAGAGGAAACGACAGAAGCAGAUGGAAACAAACAUUGAGGAGGAAUUCUAUGAAGACAAAGCCUCCCGAUUUCCAUCAGACCUGCGGGAGCCGAACCCUCAUUCCACUUCUUCAGAUUACAGAAAAGAGAAGCACCGUGACUACAACCAAAUGAUUUCCCCUUACAGCUCCCCCAACCCGGACAGAAAAAGAUAUCCUAAUAGCCAUAGUCGUUAUCCAGAAUAUGAGCCUGUUGAGUUCAGCCGAUCAAAGCGUCCAGAGAUUACAAACAAGGGAAGGGAGUACUACUCACCCGAUCGACAACCAAAAAUCUCUGAAGAUCAUUUGAAAGAAAGAAACCAACCUCUCGAUCUGGAUAACACAGAACCCCGUAGAAAGAAGAAACAGGAUCAAGGGGACAACUUUGAGCCUGUUGUGCGGUUGAAGGAGAAACCACAUAGGGACUACUCUGCUGACCGAGACAGGGUUUGGGACAAGGAGAGGAACAAGGAUCGAGAACGAGAAAGGGAUGGACAGAGAACCAAGGACAGGCAAAGAGACCGAAACCGAACAAAAAGUCAAGAUCGCUUGUUUAGCGGAGAUGUCAGGGGUAGAAACAUGGACAGGGCAAUGGACCAAAAUAUUGAUGGGCAUAGAAGCAGAGAUAGACAAAGAGAAAGAGGCAGAGAUGGGAACAGAGAAAGGCACAGAAGUAGAGAGCGAGAACUGGACUACAGUCUGUCCCCUUCUAGAGGAAGGUCGGAAGACAACCUGGAGUGGGAGGAUUUCAGCAACAGGCCUAGGCUUCCCAUUGGUCCCAAUGAGGUGUUUGAGGAACCCACUUUCAGAGGCCACUCAAAUGAUGGCCAAUCCCCUGGCUAUUCCUCCAGAGAGAGAGGCCGCAAGGUACGAGGAGAGUAUGGCAUGAAGGAAGCAACACAUGGACUGGCCCAGUUAGACCUACAUGACCAAGAGUUCAGAGACCUGGAGGUGGCACGCAAACUACAAGAUGAAGAGUUAAAGGCUGUCCAAGUUGACAAACGAGCAGCUCAAGUUGCACAAGAUGAGGAAAUAGCCCGACGGCUAAUGGAGGAAGAGAAAAGAGAAUAUAAAAAAUCGAAAGAUAAGGAAAAACAAGUGAUUGAGAGGAGACGACCCGAUCUAGAAUACAAACCAGUGCAAGAAGAUGUAGUACGACCACGAACACGAGAAGAGGUGCGUAGCAGAGAGGAGGAGUACCAGAGAGCACGCAACCACAAACCUGCGAGGCCUCCACCUCCUACACAGCAUUAUGAGAACAUAAACCCAAGCUACGCCUACGUCGAGAGCCCAUACUCGCCUCGACCUCCAUCAAGGCCAGAAGCUGCGUACAAAGGUGCCUACUACAGACAGUGACCAUAAGCCUCCACUGCUGUCCAAUUUUAUGUCCAUUCGGCCCUUUACUUUGCGAGGAAGUGAUUCAGAAACUACUUUGAGUUCAUGAGGCUUUCAGCAGAAGUUACUGACACUUUAUUUGAUUAUUUUUUCUUGAAUUAUUCGGCUUAUCGCGUCAGGUAAGCCGGUGUUGUCUUUUCAUGUUGUGAAGGAGUCUUUUAUCCUGGAGCUAUGAACUACUGGCCAACAGGGACGGUUUCCUGUUUGCUUCUCAUGUUCUCGUCUUAUUGUGGACGACUGGACUGGGAAGUGAUUUACUGCACAGCUCUCUUUUUUUUUUUUGGCAUCUCCAAUCAAGCCUCAUCUUGAUGUUGAUGAUCAAGAGUUUUCAACAUUUAGUUUUUAUUUAACAUUAUUUGAGUUAAUAUAAAUCAUUUUUGUGCUGUAUAUUUAUUGAUUUAUUUUUGAGAGGAUCUAUUUUAUUUUAUAAUUCGUAUUUUAAAGUUCUACCUUCUAUCAUCGAUCUGGAGAGACUGUUAAUCCUGGAAGUAGUCAAAAUUCUGGACAUCUGCUUUAGAAGUUUAACCAAAAUUGAAAAUUUGCUGUUCAUUUACUCGCGCAUGUGCACACAGGUCUUGUCUUACGUGACUAUUUUUUUCCUCUUUAAUUGUUCGUAACUUAUUAAAUGCAAACCAUAUUUACAGGCGAAACAAAUAUAACACCUGACAAUACAUUAUUGAGGUUUUAUUGAGGUUUCAUGCUACACCUCUUUCAUAGAGUGAUCAACCACACACCAGACUACCCAUUUCUGAUGGACUUGGGUAGGCUUCCAAACUCUGAAUGUGCGCUCAGAGAUUCACGUCAUUUUACGUACGUACUUAAACCCAGAAGCAUGGCAGAAUUUGUAGCCUCAGUGAGACUAUCUAAUGUUUCCUACGCCAUUUGAAGCACAUUUAAACGUGUUAAAUCUGAGGUAACAUAACCCAAAAAUCAAAAUACCCACCACUACAUACUAAACAAAUAUUAGACACGUAUACAAAACACAUAAAGAGUGAUAAUUUUACUUAAUUAAAUCUAUUUAUUCUCAAGAGGCACAGAAAGUAAGUUUUCACUUGCAUUUUGUGAAUCCCCAAAGUUUGAGAGUGAGUAAAUUAACAGCAAGUUUUUAUUUUUGGGUGAAUUGUCAUCUUUAACGCAAAGCUCCAGCCCUUUGCUCUGUUUUCCAACGAAUCAAAUAUCAAUCAUUAUCAUCAUUAGUGAGAGACUGAUCUCGCUUCUAGAGUUCGAGAUGCUGAGCCUUCGGGUGCCUUUGUUUUUGCGAUUAUUACUGCAGUGUCCACAAUGAUUCUUCGUAGGUUUUUUUUUCUUCGAGACCUGCUAAUAUGAUGCUCCAUCGUUCAAAUGCAUGCUGGCUGAAUGUGAACAGUAUGGGCUCUAUAUAAAUCGUAUCAUCCAGAAAACUUAAAAACAAAACAAACAAACAAAAAAAAUGGCCACAAACUCAUCUCUACUCUUCAGUUUUUAUUUUUAUAUAUAUUUUAUUUUUAUUCAUAAGUCAAUAGCAAUUCCAAAUACAAGUUCUAAGGCAUGUAGUAGCAUUGCUGUCAGCACAGAUGUAAACCGUUUUAUUGCUUGCAUCGUCAUAUGCAAUUCAUGCUAAUAUGUGUUCGGAGUUACAGUGCUUUGAAUUUGGUGGCAGACUUACAUUAAGCAGGGACAUAAAAAGUUACCAGCAAACCCAUCAAAGCAGCGAACAAGUGACUACGGCAGCGUUUAUCUGGCACUUUCCAUAAAUAGUGUACAAAUUAGGGUUACAUUUUGUUUGUUGUUUUGUUCAGUGAAGCUUGUACAAUUAAGAAAACACUUUUGCUUUCCUUUUGUUUUGUUUUUGUUUUAUUGCUUUUGAUUUGCAUUGUUUGUCUUUGUGUUUUUUUUUAUCUUUU